GCCAAUGCCACCAAAGAAUGCAAAAGCGGAAGAUAAGAAAGAAGUGUGGCGCGAUAUGUUUAUCUGUAUGAAUUUUGAAAGAUCUGAAGCAUACAAGCAGAAGGUGAUCCUUGGAUAAGCACGUUGGUUCAGUUGAAAAGAAUAGUUCCUUUUUUCGAAUUAACUGGCAGAUCAGAAUAAUGUCCAAAAAGCCAGUCAAGCCAAUGGCAAUGAAGAAAACAGCAAGGCAAAGAAAAGCUGCAAAUGGGUAUAAGUUACCUGACCCCAUUCCUGUUGGAGAAAUUGUAAGGGAUGUAACUAAGAAGGAAUGGCAGAUCGGUCCUUCAAUAGGCAUUGGCGGAUUUGGAGAGAUCUAUGCUGCAUCAGACGUUUCACACUCUCCAAGAAAAAAGGCUGCUUUACCUUACGUUAUAAAAAUUGAACCCCAUGGUAAUGGACCCUUAUUUGUGGAAAUGCAUUUCUAUAUGAAAGUGGCAAAACCUGAUCAAAUUGAAGAAUGGAAAAAGCAGAAAAAGUUGAAGUCACUAGGUAUGCCUCGAUAUCUUGGAUCUGGCUCUCAUGAGUGUAAUGGACUGAAGUACCGCUUUGUGGUGAUGGACAGAUAUGGAAAGGAUCUUUGGUCCCUGUUUCUUCAGAAUAAACGAGUGUUUAUGUUACCAGCAGUUUUGAGAGUGGGUCUGCAAAUAAUUGAUGUAUUAGAGUACAUUCACAGCAAGAUGUACGUUCAUGCGGAUAUCAAGGGGGGAAAUCUGUUGCUGGGCUUUCAGAAGGGCACAGAGAACCAGGUCUAUCUUGUUGAUUUUGGAUUGGCUUCUCACUAUUCACAGAAGGAAUACAAGCCAGACCCAAAGAAAGCUCACAAUGGAACCAUUGAGUACACAAGCAGAGAUGCUCAUGUUGGAGUACCUACAAGGAGAGGUGAUCUUGAGAUAUUGGCAUACAAUAUGUUGCAAUGGCUGACUUCCAAACUUCCGUGGGAAAACAAUUUAAGUGAUCCACUGUAUGUACAUCAGCAGAAAUCUAAAUAUAUGGACAACAUUCCUGAACUCAUGAAGAAAUGUUUUCCUAAGACUACUCCACCUGCCGUACUGGUCAAGUAUUUUCAGUAUGUUGCUAGCCUACGGCAUGAUGCAGAUCCUGACUACGAGUACUGUCAGAAGUUACUGAAGAAGGGUCUCAAGGAUUUAAACUGCUCUGUGGGUGGAAACUUGGAUCUCUCAGCAAAAGCACCUGUAACUAGAAGUAGUCCAACGAAAGCAAACAACAAGAUUCCUUCCAGUGAUGACAAAGCUACCGCAUCUGACACUGAGCCACAUAAUAAAAAGAAAGUUGUGGCCAGUGGAACUGGAAAUCUGAAUCGAACAAAACAGCUCAGAGAUCAUUUUUCUGGUAGCAGUUCCAGCGAUGAAUCUGAUUAUGACAAAGAUAAUGCUGAUAACUACAGCAAGAAGGCAAAGUUAUGUAAUACAAACAAGAAAACUAAAACUAAUCCUGUUCCCAGCUGGAGAGACUGUCCAACAGCAAUUGCAAGUAAUGUGAACAGAGCCGGAGAAUACAAAAGAAUAAAUCAUGAUAAUGAGAACCAGAGGGUUAAGAAACAGAAGAAGAAAACAGAUGCUUGAUAGUAAAUUUGCCAUGUUACAUGUGUUUCUUUGUGACUAAAAAUGUUAAGACUGAUAAUUGCUUAAAAGUUGCAUUUCACUGAACAGUUCUGUUCUCUUGUCUAACACAGUGGCAGUAAUAAAUGUGGCACAAGUUUAUACUUCCCUCUUUGGUUCUGCAACAUGUUUAUGCAUUACUGUACUUAAACCAUCCAAAAGUGUCAAUAAUUACAGAGUACUUGUAACUGCUCUUGUGUAUUUUAUCUCAAAUCAUUGAAAAUUUUGGAGAGAUUCAUGAUUGAAUUUAAUUAGCAUCACAGAUCUUAAAUGCUGCAAACCCUCAAGGAAGCACACUGCAUGGUUUUAUUGUACCAUAUUUGGAGUUUGUUUGUUGCAGGACCUUUCUUGUUACGAUUUUCAUGUCGAUCCUGAAGCAUGAAACUCUUCUUGGGAGUGCCAUUUUCUGAAGCCAUUAUGUUAAUUCUUGCAUGAGAAAUAAUAUUUAGUAUAAGUAGUAAAACUUAUGCUCUAUCUACAGAAUACAAAUCUCUGUCAUUUGUAGGUACGUUUUUUGGUUGGUAUGAAGAGGAGUUGCAAUAUCUGAGACAACAGAAAAUUCUGGCUAGCACUUGUAAGGCAAAUCAGUUUAUCUCACUCCAGCAAGCUGUGCAUAAUUACUUGAUUUUUGCCCUUUCUCCUCUUGCAGCCUAGUGUUCUUUUAGAGUUUGGCUCCCUUUCCUAGUAUAUUUUUUAUAUUGUUGGUUCUGAACCUGUCCUAAAUUUAUUAGCUGUUUAUAGUUUCACUAUCAUCACCAUCAACAUCUGGGAUUAAGUAGUGGGCUGUCCUCAAUUACAAGGAUUAAAACUGUUCCCUCUUUUUGUUCGAUGUUCUUGGCUUCUACUCUUCAUGGGAUUUCGUUUUCUGGCAUCAGUUUCAUUAUCAGAAGAACUAAGACCAAUUCUUGCGUGCCAAUUUCCAUAACAAUGGAAUUUCAAGCAUAGUAUAUACAGGCUUCAGAAGUGAAGUGUACAGGAAUGUCAGUAUCAGUCAGGGACAUUUUGGUGUCCAGUGUAUUCUGAUUUUUCAUAAAAUUACAAAGUGGAAUCAUGUGUUUAAUAAAACACUUUUACUUAAGCUAUACUGCUUAGCUGGGUAACUCAUGGUUACACUUCUAUUAAGAGGGAUACAAAUGUACAUGUGUAAGAUAUUAACCAAGAUGUAACUUUUUUACCACUAUGCAGAGUAACAGAAAGUAAACAUUAACUUCUUGUUUGCUGUUAGUGCAACAAAUACCAUACCAGUGGCACAAUAUGUUUAAGUAAGUUAUCAAAUAUAGAUUGAUUUUGUUCUUUUAAUUUUAAUUGUAAACAGUAUUAAUUUUCUUUGUCUCUGGCAAUAGAAUGUCAAGCCUAGUGGUAUUAACGGUUUAAAUUUCUGUUUGAACAUACUGAAGCUUAUAAAAAUUUUGCUAUAGAGAACAGUUUGCCUGUCACAAAUUUAAUCCCUCUUCCGUUCCUGAUCAGCAUUGUACUGUGCCACACAUGAGAAUUGUAACAUGGUACUUUUGCAUCAGGAAAUUAUGUUCAUAAAAAUCCUGUAGUUUAUUUUUUUUUCAUGCCAGUUUUCUUAAUUUCUUUGCUAUCGACUGGUAAAUUUAAGUCCAGCAGUCCAUCACAUAAAAAAAAAGGUGGGAACUUAAAUGAGUAAAUAUGAUUUCUUGUUAUUAUAUUAUUUUUUAAUGAUAUGUUCAUACUGAGUGUCCAUUUGUGUAACUGCAGCCUAGCGUUUGUUAUGCUCAGUUUCAAACUGUACUUUUAUUUGUACUCCAUUUUCAUAAAGUUUAACAUUUAAUGUUAUUUUAAAUGAUAAAUGUGCUUUCGUAGAUGUAAAUAUUCAUGAUUCACUUGUAAACUUUCAUGCCUAAUAAUAGAAUAGAAGAACACUUUUUGAAAUCUGAA